AUGUCUCGGCCAAUCUUAAUUAUCGGUGGCGGCCUAGGAGGCCUCUGCUUAGCACAAGCCCUCAGAAAACACAACAUCCCCUUCAAACUCUUCGAAAAAGACGCAGAGAUCAACUACCGCCCACAAGGAUACAGACUUCGCAUCAGCGAGGACGGGAUCUACGCCCUGCAAUACGCCUUGACGCCAGAAAUAUACACGCUUUUCGAACAGACCUGCGCCGCAGGCCUCGCAAUUGGAGUCCAGGUCAAACCGGACGGGUCACCUGUAGAUGCCGCACGCCGUAUCGGGCCCCCUCCCAUGAAAGGUCCCAAACCAUACACAGUUGACCGGACCAUAUUCCGAAAAGUGCUUCUUACGGGGCUGAAAGAUGAUGUGUUCUUCGGGAAGGCGCUCGAUCAUUACACGCUGCACGACGACAAGGUCUCUGCGCAUUUCACGGACGGAAGUGUCGAGGAUGGUGCCAUUCUCGUCGGUGCGGAUGGCGUGCGAUCUCGUGUUCGCAAGCAGCUUAUCCCCGGGGCCAAGGUUGUUGAUACGGGCAUGCGUGCCCUGUAUGGAAAAACGCCCAUCACACCGGAGUUUCUUGCGCGGUUUCCAGAGCAAUAUCAACGGGGAAUGAAUAUAGCUAUUGAUGACUCGGUUCCAGAGGGACAGGUGUAUUUGCUUUUCGAAGCUACGUGGUUCCCGAAUGCGGAUACCGUCUCGGAGCCUGAGCUUCCGAGUCCGUAUGUAUACUGGGUUCUUGGAGCCCAUUCCUCGAGGUUAGGCGUUCCGGAUGAGAAGCUGCUGAGUCUUAGCAAUGAUGAAGCAGCGGAUUUGGCGAUCCAGGUAACCGAAAGUUGGAGCCCUGGGUUGCGGGCUGUCUUCGAGAUGCAGGGUAAGGGACAGGCAUCGACGUUGAGAAUCUCAUCAGCUCCGUUAGACCUCCCUGUUUGGGAGGUUUCACCGCGGGUGACGCUGCUGGGUGAUGCGAUUCAUGUAAUGCCGCCGACGGGAGCCUUGGGCCUUGUCACAGCCCUCAGAGAUUCGGCAGACCUGGCUAGGAAGAUUGUUGAUGCUGGCGGUAUCGAGAAUGUGGAUAGGAGUGUGAUUGGUAACUAUGAGAGUGAGAUGAGAGAUUUUGCAAAGAUGGCUCUUGGGAGGAGUUGGCAAAGUGGCCUGAAGACUUUUGGGCUCAGGCCGGUUGAGGAGUGUGAAAUGGUUGAUAUGUAG